UGGCGCAUUGGCCUGGCCGCGCUGGACCUGUGAGGAGUGCGGGCGUGUAGUAGUGAUAGACUUCGUCGGAUAUGGCGCCCAGUGUGCCAGCAGGCCAAGCUGAGCAUCCGAAAGGCAUACGGGCCGUGCUGCUGGGGCCGCCGGGGGCUGGCAAGGGUACCCAGGCACCCAAAUUGGCUGAAAACUUCUGUGUCUGCCAUUUGGCCACUGGGGACAUGCUGAGGGCCAUGGUAGCUUCUGGCUCAGAGCUGGGAAAAAAGCUGAAGGCAACUAUGGAUGCUGGGAAACUGGUGAGUGAUGAGAUGGUCGUGGAGCUCAUUGAGAAGAACCUAGAGACUCCUUCAUGCAAGAACGGUUUUCUUCUAGAUGGCUUCCCUCGGACCGUGAGGCAGGCAGAAAUGCUUGAUGACCUCAUGGAGAAGAGGAAGGAGAAGCUUGACUCUGUCAUUGAGUUCAGUAUCCCAGACUCCCUGCUGAUCCGGAGAAUCACAGGAAGGCUGAUUCAUCCCACAAGUGGCCGUUCCUACCAUGAGGAAUUCAACCCCCCAAAGGAACCCAUGAAAGAUGACGUUACUGGGGAACCCUUGAUCCGUCGAUCAGAUGAUAAUGAGAAAGCCUUGAAAAUCCGCCUGGAGGCCUACCACACUCAGACCACGCCCCUCGUGGAGUACUACCGGAAGCGGGGAAUCCACUCUGCCGUCGAUGCCUCCCAGACCCCCGACGUCGUGUUUGCGUCCAUCCUAGCAGCCUUCUCCAAAGCCACAUCAUAGUGUCAGAAGGCCAGGCAAGACCGCACCACUGCUCAUCACCCCGCCGCAUGAUCCCUGCUCUUAGGUGCUGGGCAGAGGGGAAGGGUGGUCAGGGGUAGGAUGGAGAGGGAGGGCUGGGGAGGAGCUUGCUGUUUGGAAGAGCAGCAGUGUUCUUGCAGAGGCAGUUUCUUUGACACACAGGUGGGAGUUUUUAAAAGUGUAAGUGAAGGGGAAGAUUAAAAAGCACUGCGAUUGGAGGCAUCGGGUACAAAUAGAGGCAGUCAUAUUUCAAAGGAAUCGGGUUUUCAUUGACUUGAAUUGGUGAUGAUAUUUUCUUUAAAGCCCGUGCCCUAAGACUUCAGUUUUUAUCUCAGAAUCUCGUGGUUGUCAGGCCAAGAAUACAGGAACUUGGACUGUGAUCUCUGUCCUGUAGUGUGGGACAGGAAGGAUCUGAUUAUUGACCUUGGUUCCCCACACCAUCAAAUGAGAGAGUCACAUCCAUGUUUGAGAGCUCCAGGAGCUUUAUCCAUGCAGGUAGUGGGUCAGGUGUACUGGAAUCAUGGGGGUGGCUGGACGCAGGCCCUUCCUCUGACGUCCUGCUGACUUGGCCAGUCUCCCUGCCCCUCCUGGCUAAGCUCUCAGCAGCCACCCAAAAUAUGUCACAAUGCUGCACUCUUGCCUUCUUCAUCCACGGUGUGUGAAGGGUCCCUUUUCAAUCAACGAGCAAGUGUCCUGCGCUGUAUCAUCCAAAGAUUGUCCUUUCCAUCCUCAAAUCCUGUGAUUGGGAUCAUUCAACAGCACUGUGAUGAACUGUCUUCAAUGAGGUGCCUUUCUUAAAUGACCAAAUGCUGCCUUGUUUGACCCUUACAGUCAAUAAAGUAUGUGACAAAUUUGUA